AUGAUGUAAGAGGACGAUUUUUCCGUGAGACUUUAAUAAAAGUCUAAGAGAGGGCGUUUUAAAAUUCAGUAAUUUGUUGGUAAUUCGAACUAAUUUACGAAUUUAAAUUCGCUCAAUGAUCCGGUAAACUGUCAGAGUAGGAGAAAAUACGCAUCAUUCCAGUUUUUUUUUUCCUGAAUUGGAUGCCAUUUGUAAACACGCGUUCAGUCUUCAACAGUUUGCUUAUAUGAGCGUCCAGGAGGAAUUAUCCCACCCACUGUAAACAGGAGCGUGUAGGAGAUGAUAGUGAGAUUCUAUUGCUGGACAUGAGUAUAGACAACUUGUUGAGAAUGAGACUUUUUUGCAGUGUGUGGCAGUGAAAUGAUCUUUAGACAGAAGUUAAAGAAAAAAAAAGUGUACCAGCCAGUGAAAGCCUGUGGUGUUUGAGCGGCUGCUGAGAUGUUUUGAUGAGGGUUGCGUUGCUUUCUGCCGUCGCUUCUUAUACUUCGGCAUCGUUCAGCAUUCGGGGUGAAAGAGCGAUCCUCCUGCUGCUGUAAAAAAAAAUGUUUGGCGGCUUGCCAAGCCGUGGAACAAGUGCGCCUCCCUUCCCUGCUGUUUAGCGUAUUCAUAGUUAGGGGUUUGGGCUCGGCUGUUUUUAAAAAGGCAAGGCAGCUCUCAAGUUGAUCAGUCUGCUCAGGAAACCUCUGGUGGAGAAAGUACUGGAGUCCAAGCUGAGGGGGAGAGAAGUUGAGCUUUUAUGCAAAGAAUUGUUUUGAUCUUGCAGAGGACAAUACAUCGGGGAAAAAAACAGCACACAUAUUUUAAAUUGGUCAUUUUAACUCUUUUUGCACGGUGCACAUCUCAAAGCCUGUAAUUCAUGCUUUUUUUAAAAAAAAAAAAAUAGAUAGUAACACUCUUGGAUAAAGACUCUUGGCUUUAGCUUUAAAAAUCGGAUUAUCUGACUGCAUUGUUCAUUAGACCAGUCUACUUUUCCCCCUCCUCUUCGCAUUUGAGGUUUAUGCUAUUACUGAAGAGAACACCAACAAUGAUUCUGAGUUUUUGCCUCUUGGUGACAUUUAUCUUGGGGCUGUCCGGAUGCUUGGGCUCAUACGUGCCGUGCGAGCCUUGUGACCAGAAAGCGCUGUCCAUGUGCCCUCCGGUCCCGGUCGGUUGCCAGUUGGUCAAGGAGCCGGGCUGCGGCUGCUGCCUAACGUGCGCCCUGUCCGAGGGGCAGGCGUGCGGCGUUUACACCGGGACGUGCACCCAGGGCCUCCGCUGCCUGCCGAGGAGCGGGGAGGAGAAACCCCUGCACGCCCUUCUCCACGGCAGGGGAGUGUGCACCAACGAGAAAGGAUACAAACCUGUUCAUACGCCCAUAGAUCGUGAGUCUCGAGAACAUGAGGACACCAUGACGACAGAGAUUACGGAGGAGCUGCAGCCAGCUAAAGUGCCACUUCUUCCUAAAGACAUUGUGAACAGUAAAAAAGUCCACGCACUGCGCAAGGAGCAAAAGAGGAAGCUGGGCAAGCAGCGCUCCAUGGGCUCCCCCAUGGACUACUCCCCUCUGCCCAUUGACAAGCAUGAGCCUGAAUUUGGUCCAUGCAGGAGAAAACUGGAUGGGAUCAUUCAGGGGAUGAAGGACACUUCUCGUGUAAUGGCUCUGUCUUUGUACCUUCCCAACUGUGACAGGAAAGGAUUCUUCAAGCGCAAGCAGUGUAAGCCAUCUCGCGGCCGGAAACGAGGCAUCUGCUGGUGCGUGGACAAGUAUGGCAUUCAGCUCCCUGGCACAGACUACAGCGGAGGGGAUAUUCAGUGUAAAGACCUGGAGAGCAGCAACAACGAGUGAAAAGGGGAGGACCACCCUCAACCCCUGCCCCUCCCCCCAAACCCCUAACCACCACGUGACCCAGGGCCCACACCUCCUCUCUGAAUCACACCUGUAUGCUCUGCCCUCCAUUCACUUCAAGAUUUCAGUUUUUUCAAAUUGAAAAAAGGAAGAAAAAAAACCCAAAUGAAAGAACAGGCUGAAAGAAAGACAUCUGUCAUUUUUUUCUUUUCUUUUCUGUUGUUGACCAAGCACUCAUCUUUGAAUGAGGGCAAAAGUCCCACAAGAUAUACUAGAUCCCUUGACUAUUGCUCAUGGGAGCCCUUGUAUGAGCAGGGUCCCCUGAUUGCAGAUCCAUGAAAAUAUAUGCACACAAUGGAUAUAUUUUUUAUAGAAACUGGGGGUUUCAACACUUUGUAUGAUGUAAAAUUAACACAAUUAUUUUGAAGAAAGAAAAGCAUCAGACACAUUGAAAACAAAUCAGUUCUAGGCUGUGGAACAUGAUGCUACUUUGGAGCUGACAAUUGGCUAUUGAGUAAUUUGGUUUUUUUGUCUGUUUUCCAAAAGAAAAAAAAAGAAACAAGAGAUAGGGAUACGCUGUAACAGUUGACUCUAUCUGGAUAUGUGGUUCUGUCAGAGCACUUAUGAAUAGGGGAACCUGCUUAGAUACGUGUAACUUCACAAAAUGACGCAUGCAUGAAUGUGUGUAUGUAUGUAUACAGUGCGAGUGAGUGGUAUGUAUCAGCCUAUGUUGGUGUAUGACGGAGUGAGCCUAUUACAAAAAAAGAAUGUUUUUUUCUUUCUCUUUCAUUUGACUUUGUCACAACAAGUUUUGCUAGUGCUUGAAGUGGUCUUGGGGCUGGCCUUCUCUUUAUUGUAAAGUAUGUCUCGGGACACGGAGCAUUUCAUAAAAACAAAAGAGUGAGCAGAUCAUCACAGAUGAACCUUUGUAAGUGGCUCUUCGACAAUGUAGCUAGCCUGAUAUGCCAACUGUGCCUAUUUGAACAGACAAUGCCAUGCAGGGCAACACUUAGAGAGCGCUGGCUCUACUGGUGAAAUAAAAGAUUUUCAGCUCAAGUGAUGGGACUCAAGUUUGACCAAUUUAUCGAGUUCAGUGCAUGAUCAAACUUGCCAGUCAGGCCGGUUGCUUCUCUGAUUCAGUUGUGUGAAGUGUAGUUUUGUAUGGUUUUGUUUGUGCUGUUUUCUUUGCCUUCAGUGAAGUACAGACCGCCCACUUUUGAGCCAUGUUCCUUUACCAAGUGGUUUCCCCUCAGUACUGCUACUACAGUGUAACCAUGGUGUAUUACAUUACUUUUAAAUAUAGUUAUUGAAUGUUGUUUUUCCUGUAGAAACAAAGUAUGACAACAAUGUAAUUGUGCUUGGAAAAAAAGAUUUUAGCCUGUAAAGAAUUUGAAUAGGUCCUUGUAGCCUGUCAGGAGAAUGACCUAGAGUCAUUUGACCACAGGACAGUCAAAGAAGCUAACCCUCUGGAACUCUUCUGCUUUCAUGCCUCCACACAAAGGUUAUCUACCUAGGGGAGGGGAGCAUAAUGAAAACAAAAAUGUUACAGGUUAUAACAGGGUCAUUUAAGUAGAGUUGUUCUCUCUGUGUGCAAGUCACAGUGCCUUCCUACAUGCAAAUACAUUAAGUAGUGACGUGAAAGUGACAUGGAUAUCAUAUGGGGCAAUUUCCUUUUUCAGACUGCCCUGCCAGGACUGAUACUUGAUACAAGUAAUAAAGAGGUAUAGGUUUAGUUCUGAUUAAGAGAAGAACAAUGAAUGUGGUAGGUCCCGUAAAUGGUGUCAGCAACACAUUGCAAAUCCAUUUGUAAUCUCUGCCUGUACCUUGGGGCAAUUCUGGACAAGAAUGUUGUGUGAGGAAUCGCUGUGUAACCGCAGACAGUUAAACCUCCCUCUUUCUUUGACAACCAAUAAGCUAGAAUUCUUGCUUUUUCAUGUGAAUGCCAAUGUAUAUGAUUGCCAGAGAGGGGAAGCCAAAGGAGGUAAAUAAACCCUUUCCUUUGCUGCAACAAAAUGGAAAUGAUAUAUGCAUCCUGAAUGGCUUCUAGUUGUGAAUAUAUUAUCAAGGGUCCUUGCCCCUCUUCCAACACCAAAUCCCCACUACCACUUCGAAAAAAAAAAGCAGCUUGCACUUAUUUCAGUUACUCACUAUUGAUAUUGACACACAACGACGUCCUAAGAUGUGGUAUCAUGAAGUUAGUGGAACAAAUUUAAAAAAAAAAAAACAGCCACAAAAGCUAAAUGUUGUGUUAUCUUGUGCUUACCUUGUAAAGGUGGUGCUUUGAGGUUAAUAUUUGUUGACAGGGGCUGUGCAGCCCAUGCCUGGGACCUCCAAUACAGAAACAUCUUUUAGGUAAAAAUAGAUUAAAGGUAAGACACAGCUAGAGAUGUUCUCAUGGCCUAUUGCGCAGAGAUGGGAGGUGAAAGAGAGGAGGAAAAGAGAUGGAAGAGAGAGGGAAGAGGAAGAGCGAGCGCCAUGGGCAGUGGUCAUAAUCAGGGCCUAGCCACUUCCCCGAUACGGGGUCACCAACUGCAUGAUAUUAGAUACAGUUAGCAAGACAGUGAUCAGGAGUCAGUGAAACCUGGGGAAUGCAAUACUGCAACCAGGGGUAGAGUACAAAACAAUGAAAUAUCUGAUAUUGGAUGUCUGGAUCAGUCAGUAGUGUGAAUACUUAAAUGUUCCAGAAGUUUGUUUCUUUUGUUUGGAUUGCAGGUUGAGGUUCAGGAUUUUUUUUUUUUUAAAAAAAAGGUCUUUCCUUUAUUGUGUCAGCAGCUCCCUGUUUCCCCACACCUGUUUGCAAGUAAUGACUUCCUCAGGUUUUUCAUCUCCUACUUGGUUUAUAUUCACAUUUCAUCCUUCAGUAGUACAGUAAUUACAGUACAGCUUUUUCCUGAAUACAUAACACUUUUUGGAUGUAAUGAGACAACACAAUUGGUUUUCAUAAUUUGGUGUUCACUGGCUUGUGAAAGAGACCCAUCGGUGGCAGGAGGAUAGUGGGAAAUAAAAUGGUCAGUAUUUGGAACUACAUAAGACAAAUAAUAAAAAAAAAAAGACAAAAAAUCUCAAAUUAUUAAAGUGAAUAUCACUGUGUAAUAUUUAUUCAACUUGUAAUUUAUGUACUCUUUUAACCUUUGUCUUUUUUGUUAUGACAAAGCAUUUAUUUAAAUAAAGUUAUGUAUUCAUUUAA